UCGCCGCGGGGUUUCCGUCGCGCGACCCGGAAGGGGAUGGCGGCGGCGCCGCACGGAGGGGAGCUGCGGCUGCUCUGUCUCCACGGCUACGGGCAGAACGCCGAGCGGUUCCGCGCCCGCACCGGCGCGCUGCGGAAGGCCCUGCGAGGCCGCGCCCGGCUGCUCUACCUGGACGCGCCGCACCGCCUGCCCGCCGAGGGGGAGCCGGGGCCCGAGGGCGGCGCCGGGCCUCGCGGGUGGUGGCCGGAGUCGGCGGCCGGGCCGGAGCCGGGGUCGGCGCUGCGGGCGGUGGCGGAGGCGCUGGCGGCGCUCGGCCCGGUGGACGGCCUGCUGGGCUUCAGCCAGGGCGCGGCGCUGGCCGGGCUGCUGUGCGCGCUGCGGGAGCGCGGGGACGGCCGCUUCCCCUUCGGCUUCGCCCUGCUGGUGGCCGGCUUCCCCGUGGCCGAGGCGGCGGCGGCGGCGGGGGCUCUGCGGGUGCCCAGCCUGCACGUCUUCGGGCGCGACGACCGCGUCAUCCCGGCGGCGGAGAGCCGGGCGCUGGCCGAGCGCUUCGCCCGCCCGGCCCUGCUGGCCCACGACGGCGGCCACUUCGUCCCCGCCGCCGCCGCGCAGAGGGCCGCGUACCUGGCCUUCCUGGGCCGCUUCGAGGGCCCCGCGGAGGACGAGCUCGGCCCGCCCCGACCGCCGCCGGCUCCCCCGCGCGCCUCGGACUCGCGCUCGCCGGCUUCCCUGCGUGGCUCAGGCGAAGGUCCGGCCCCGGGUCAGGCGGCGGCUGGAGGAGGAAGAGGAGGAAAGCCCCGCACCGGAGACCCGCAAGACACCGAGCCGGGCUCCCCCCCAAGCGGUCUAUAACGACCCCUGCCUGCAGGCUGCGCUGAUGCAAUUGAGAGGCUUUUUGGGGUACAAGACCGUGGGAGCCGCUGAAGCCCAGUUUGGAGCCCCGAAGCCGUGCCGUGUUUCAGGCUGACUCUCCCAAGUACCAGGCUUGGCUGAUAACAAUGGCGGGAUUUGCCAGGCACCCAGGUUGCAGAUCCGCUUUCUGUCUCGGCUCAGGGACAGAUUUCGGGAUCAAACUGAAGGGGGAACUCAAAACAGACUCCUUUCCUGGGAUGUCGGACCUGCCGCUGGUCAGUAUGUUUGGAGGAAGAAUGGGCAGGUCCACUUGGCUCAUCUCAAAGGCUGCAAGAUAAUAAGCGUCUUCUUCCCAGAUGAGAGGAUUCCCGGCUCUCCUGCCAUCUGAAUCCCAGCCCUGAUGGGGGUGUCAUCAACCUUCCUUUGGUCCUCCUUGCUCAGGUCCGAUCCUGAGAGAGGAAGAGGGAAGGCAGGGAACCGGGGGUUUUCCAACCCAGUAGAGCCUCCAAAGCAGGUCUGGAUGUUCUUGGAAAGCUAUAAUCAAGUCAAAGCGACAGUGGAUCAGGAAAUGGCUGUGGAUUCCAGGGAUUGCGGUUGCAGUAGAGGCUCCGUCACUGGAGGUUUUUAAGAAGAGAUUGGACAGCCACCUGUCUGACAUGGUAUAGCAGCGGCCUAUGGUCUCUUCAUGGUAUAGCAGAAGACGUCCAUGGUCCCUUCUGGUUCUAUUCUGAUUGAUUGAUAAUGAUUUUAAGCUUUAUUUUAAUAGAAGUUGAAUAGGGGUAAUUAAAUGAUUUUGUACUUGUGA